AUGCAAGGAGAACAUGAUUCUUCCAAUAUCGAACCACCUCCGGGAUACAGGUUCUGCCCCACCGAUGUUGAACUUGCUUGUUUCUACCUCUACAGGAAAGUUAAUGGACUUCCAUUGCCUAACACGGUCAAAGAUUGCAAUCUUUAUGGUGAUCACGAACCUUGGGAGAUUUGGGAGGCUUUUGAAGGAUCCGAGUUGUCGAACAAGGAUGAUCUUUUCUUUUUAACUCAACUUAAAAACAGGAGUGCUAAGGAUUCCAGGAGCAAACGCCGAGUUGGACGUAAUGGGGGUACAUGGAAAGGUGACAAGAAGAUUGGCACAUUCACUUUUGAUACGAUUACUUGGACAAGGAAGAGAUUAAGUUAUCAGAAUCCCAACUCAAAGAAGAAUGAUCGAUGCAACUAUGUCCACUGCCUAGUUAGAAAGAAAGUGACCAAGAGAACUGAUGGGACAAACGUUAGUCACAAUCACAAUGCCAUUGAGAAAAGUCAGAGAUGUGACCGGCCUUUUGCCCUCGAGGAACACCAUCAAGCCAAGCGUUUGAAGUUGGAUCUAGCACAGCCUCAUCAGCUGAUAUGCAAUUAUAACCAGCAAACUGAAGCCAUCCCAACUGGUGGUAUGUCAGCGUUCGCAACUUCGCACAGACGGAAAGUCAAGGUAACGCCAUAG